AUGCCUGCCUCUGAAGUCAGCGACGACUCAGACCUUGAUGACUUCAUCAUUGACAUUGACAACAUCGAAGCUCAUGGCAUUGGAGCAGCUGAUGUCAUGAAGUUGAAAGCUCACGGUUAUUUCACCGUCGCUUCUGUGCAUGGUGCGACUCGCCGGACUUUGCUCAAGAUCAAAGGGUUCAGUGAGAUCAAGGUCGAGAAGAUCAAGGAGGCGAUUCAGAAAUGCCUGCCAACUGCAAAUGGUUUCAUUACUGCUAUGGAACUCUGUCAUCAGCGAAAGAAGGUUUUCAAAAUUUCGACUGGCAGUAAGCAGUUUGAUAGUAUCCUCGGAGGCGGCUUUCAAAGCUCGAGCAUCAGCGAAGUCUACGGCGAAUUCCGCUGCGGCAAAACCCAGCUCUCCCACACUAUGUCCGUCGUCGCUCAACUACCCAGGGAAAUGGGCGGUGGAGCAGGGAAAGUGGCGUAUAUCGACACCGAGGGAACCUUCAGACCUGAUCGUAUAGCGCAGAUCGCUGAACGCUAUGGUCUCGAUGCCGAGUCUACACAAGAGAACAUCUCUUAUGCACGUGCCUUGAACAGCGAGCAUCAACUUGAGUUGCUGAAUACGCUUUCGAAGGAGUUUGCGGGAGGUCAAUAUAGGCUUCUUGUCAUUGACAGUAUUAUGAACUGCUUUAGGGUUGACUUCUCAGGUCGUGGGGAACUUGCUGAACGACAGCAGAAGCUCAAUCAGUUUCUUAUCAGGCUGUCUCAUUUGGCUGAAGAGUUCAAUGUAUGCGUGUUAAUGACCAACCAAGUACAAAGUGAUCCCGGAGCCAAUGCUCUCUUUGCAGGCGCUGAUGGCCGCAAGCCUGUGGGUGGACAUGUUCUUGCUCAUGCCUCUACAACACGAGUCCUGCUGCGCAAAGGCCGCGGUGAUGAGCGAGUUGCCAAGAUACAGGAUUCACCAGAUUGUCCCGAACGCGAGGCGACGUAUGUCAUUACCAAUGGCGGUAUCAACGAUCCGGAUAAGGUUUGA